UGGAUGGAUGGAUGGUUGAAGUAAAACAAACAACAACAACAACCCCACACCAAUAACACACGUCUUGUCACAAUUUGUUUUGCCCUUUGUUGAAAAGAGCAUGUGAAGAGAUUCGAACUACAAGCUACAAAAGCGGAGGUUUUCAGAUUUGUCAUGUACAUUAUGUCUACAGUAUAUUAUAAUUAAAUAGAGAUACCAGAUUGCCAAAGGUGUUCGCUCACCUGCCUUGUCUCACACGUGAACUUCAGUGACAUCCCAUUUUGAUGGACCUUCAAGGUUUUAAUCAAUAUGACCACCCUUUGCAACUAUAACAACGUCAACACUUCUGGGAAGGCUUUCCACCACAAGGUUUAGAAGUAUAUGGCAGCAAAUGCUCAACCUGCGAUUCAGUGGUGGUUCACUGUAGUCCCAGUUAAAUGUACUAACUAGAACAAUGACUAACACUCUGUGAACAUCAACUGCAUGGCCUCACACGCAGCACAGUGGAUUAGCAUGAGAAUGGUGUGUGAGUGCUGGAAGGUCAGUAGUUCAUUUCGAUCCCAAUCCAGCUCAUGCUCUCUCACCUUUGCCCCAUACUGCCUCGCACACAGAGCUCGGACCCAGCCGGGUCACCGUUACCUUAUCCCAAUUGCUUAUAUUAGUCACUGUUUGACUCCCGUCCUGAUAACUGUGGAAACAGCAUGGAGGAUAGCCACACCUUCUUGUACUUCGCAUAUGGGAGCAACCUGCUAAAGGAGCGACUGCAGCUCAAGAACCCGUCUGCAACAUUGCACUGUGUGGCCAGACUCAAGGUACGCUUAUCUACAUCUGUCCCACAUAAGACUUCACGGUUGUACGCCGAUAACUCGUUUCUGUUUCAGGACUAUAAAUUGGUAUUUGGGAACUAUAAAGGACUCGCCAGUGAGCGGUGGCAUGGAGGUGUGGCCACUAUCGAACGCAGUCCAGGAGAUGAAGUGUGGGGUGUGGUGUGGAAGAUGAACGAGUCUGAUCUGAAGUCGCUAGAUAGUCAAGAGAACGUCAUGUUGGGUGCGUACAGCCCUGUGGAAAUAUCGGUAAGGACAAAAGGCCAGGAGCUUCGUUGUCGUACCUACUUAAUGAACAGCUGUGUGUACGCCGCACCGUCACCACAGUACCUACUGGUGAUUGUGAUGGGGGCAGAGCAAAACAGAUUGCCUAAAGACUACCAGGAGAAGCUAAAAGCGAUCAAGACCAACAAGUAUGAGGGUCCCCUCCCUCUGAUGGUUGAGCUGGCGCUUGAGUGAGUCAGAGAAGCAGAAACACACCUAUCUGAGGCCGGAUCCGACAGACUGCAUGCCCCCCUUACAAUGGACCAAAAUCACCUACCACUAAAAUCGAACAUAUGUUUAUGUUAUCAUGCUUAUUCAUGCUUCAUCCAAAGGACAUUUUGGUGCUUGAUAGACUGCAGUCGUAUAUUGAGAAACCUGUCAUUGCUUGCUAUUAGCUGAGUAAAAAGAUUGAAGAUGUUUAUUGAACUAUUUUCCAACAAUAAAAUAUUUUAUAAGUC